AUGCCGACGAGCGGGCCUAUGGAAGACAUCAGGUAUACAAACUCAGAGAGGAGCCCAGAGGAAGAGGAUCCUAAUGUUCGCAACCACAAACAGGAGGUCAGUGGCCGCACUAGUGUAGCAGUCCAGACAAUGCUCCAGGCGCGGGACAUCACUGAAGUUCGCACGGGUGCGGCUAGUGCACCGCAAGGCAGUACUCCCAGUGUCGAUGGUCCAAAUCUGGAUCCAACAGUCGCUCGACAGGAGGCAGAGGACGCCAAUUUGGCACGCGAAGCCCAGGAGAAGGAAAAGAAGCAAGUAGAGAUCGAUCAAAAGGCCCGCGAAGCGCAAAUCCGGCAGCAAAGGCAGGAAGCGCAGAUUGCGGAGAUGAAAUUGCAGCUAGACUUGCUGCAGGAGCAAACACGCAAUGCUAAGAACCAGAUCAGCACACUUGACGGAAAUUAUAAAACGAUAGAGCAGGAGAACACCAGGCUUCAGGAGGAAUGGACGCGACUUCACGCCGAUGUCGAAGCUCGGAGGAAGAGACUCAACGGUAGUCGUGCUUUCGCCGCGCGUGAAGGCAAUGUGGACGCGCAGGCACUCAUUCAGCUUUUCACCGACUUUAUUGGUACCAUCGACGACUUUUCGUACAUUAUACUUAGUGGACUAAACGAAAAGUCUGAAGAACCCUUGAAGAACGAAGAGCUCGAAGAGGUUCGAAUCGUCAUGGGGAAGGAGAGGAGUGAUCCAAAGAAAGAAAAGAGGGAGGGUAGGGAGCGGAGCCAGAGCGUCCCGAUAGUGGAAGACCCAAACGUCGCCACGUUCCUCGCAAGGUUCAAGCAACUCAAAGAAGUACGGACGCCGAUGAACAUUUCGGACCCGCUGAUUCAAUAUCUCUUCACUGAUUACCUCUACACGCGCGUCUUCCAACCGUUCGCCCCACGAAUGCCAGAACAGGAUAGCAAAAUCCUUCACCAAAUGUACGCCGAUAUGCGCAAGAAAGAACCUCAGGAGCGGAGCGCAAAGUGGCGAGCGCUGACAUACCAACAUUCCCUUCGCAUCCUCGCCGACGUCAAACAAGCAGCCCCCGUUCCGAGUAGAACCCAGGCCACCAAAGCCAGCUCCAGAUCCUCUCCAAAAGACGCGGUGAAGGACCGAAAUGCCGCCUCCGACGAGGAUAUAGCGCCGUUCAUGGCCAAGGUCACAAAGCUACUCAACAUCUUUAACCGGACUAAGAAUGAAGAGGCGUCGGAAGAGUUGUGGAAGGCAGCGAAGCAUAGUUUUUCUAUGGCACUCAAGGUGCAGGAGAAGGCAAAGACCGAGUAUACGAGCUUCGAUUACGAAGUCGUAUUCUACGGGGAAGAAGAGCGAUUUGAUCCGCAGAGGAAGGCAUACAGAUCGGAGAAAGCGAGAUUCAAUCCAGAGUCUAUGGAAGUCGUGCAGGGUCCUAAUACUGCCAAGUAUGUUGAACUCACAGUCGGACUCGGUUUGAACGCAAAGAAGAGUGUUCGGAAUGGCGGUGGAUAUGUGGAAGAGACUACAACGCCCGUCAAGGCCAAGGUGGUUUGCGAUAACUGGACGGUGGAUUACGAAUCACCUAGAUAA